AUGCACCACUACCGUACCAGAGAAGACGAGACGCCCUGCGGGGGCGACCCUUAUUUCUAUCUCAGGCUCUCAGCCGGCACGGCCCCUUACAGCCCUAUCAAGCUCGAAGUGGACGUGAAACCCGAACCCCAUAUGACGCCCGUCGACUGCUUGCAACACAGUUCCCCGCCUGCCGACUCAGGUUCCGCGGUCAUGGAUACUGUCGGCGGUUGCGGUAAUGCCGCCGUCGUGGCGGACAUCGGUGGUUGUGGCGGCGUUAUCGUGGGCAGCGGUGCCGGUGUCCGUUGCAAAGACGAAGGGGGCUCAACCGGAAUCGGUCUGCUGGCCCUCACGCAGCUCGACGGUUACGGCGGCUACAACAAUAAGUCGUACUGUCACGCGGACGGCGGCGCGGUCGACUUGCAGCUGCAGCAUGACCGCGUCGGCGACGACGACGUCGACAAAGAGCACUGCAAAUAUUCGUACGGUCGACUGAUAUACUCAUCGCCCGAUGAUGAUAAUGUUAUAAAACAUCAGUAUGGUGGUGAUGAAUUUACACCAGACCCAGCUAGAUUUGCUGCUCAAAAACCUGGUUCAUCUGUGUACAAUGCUGAUUCUUAUUACUUGGACGGCACUGGAAAUAAUAGCGAUGUUUGGACAACUAGUGCUACUGCUCAACUUCAGUCUCCUACAACGUAUACAACAUAUACCAACCCACCCAAUUCGUUGCUGACCACGUCUCCAAACAUGACGCCAAACAAUUUUCCACCAACAAAUACUAUGCUAACACCAGAAAAUUUGGGCUAUAAUACUAUUGGUCCAAAUGCUAGUAUACCUCCUAGUGGUGUUUCACCUGCUACAGAUGGCCUAGGCACUUCCCCUCUACCACCUAUGUCAAGUUUGCGUGGAGCUCCUCCUUCUGCACCAAGUCCAAUUGCAGUUACCCCUAGCUCAAUGAUGUACCCAGGACAUAACAGUCCCACUAUUCAAUCUCCCGGGGAUACACUUGGCAAAACUUUAGCAUCAAUAUAUCCUACUGACCAGAGUGUCAGCAGUUACAGUUCAAAUCCAUCUACACCUGUAAGUUCACCACCACCUUUGGCACCUUUAGCGCCUGCAAACAGUGCCGGAUCUUGGACCCCUGGCGUAGUACCACCUCAUCCUGGAUCUCCUCAUUUUCCUACUGACCAUCGCACUAUUCAUUUGGGUAGUCGUAUGGAAGAAAGACUGGAUGAUGCCAUAAAUGUUCUAAGAAAUCAUGCCGAAAGUCAGGCUUUAAGUUUAGCUGGUGUUCAACAUUCCGCUUCAGGCAUUGUACCAUUAUAUCAUCAACAUUUAGGAAGUCCCCAUUCAGCAACUGCUACAGUCGGAGGUGUUCCAAAUACUUACCAAACACUUUCAACAUGUCAAGACAGUGAUGGGCCAAUCAAAAUUGAAAGACUAAGCAAUAUCAAAAAACGGAAAGAACCUCCAGACAGUUCAGAUACCAAGCCUACUAGCAGUGAUCACUUUUGUUCUAGUGCUGAUGAAGAUAAUGAAGAUCCAUCAACUAAAGCACACAGAGAAAAAGAACGCAGACAAGCCAAUAAUGUCCGUGAAAGAAUUCGAAUUCGUGACAUUAACGAAGCAUUAAAAGAACUUGGCAGGAUGUGUAUGACACACCUAAAAACCGAUAAACCUCAAACUAAACUGGGUAUUCUCAACAUGGCUGUUGAAGUCAUCAUGUCAUUAGAACAACAAGUUCGAGAGAGAAAUCUUAAUCCUAAAGCCGCUUGUCUAAAGAGGAGGGAAGAAGAAAAGGCCGAAGACAAUGUUGGACCAAAAUUGGGACAUCAUUUAUCGGUAGCACAACACAUGGUUGUCCAAGCACCACAUUUCCCACCCAUGACUUUGCCAAAUAAUCAAGCAGGCUUGCCUCAUAAUGGACCCCAGUAG